AUGGCACCAGCUAAGGAUCUCACUCAUUUUUUGUCAGAAGAGUCGAAAAGAAGACAGCCCUCUCCACUUAAGACCGCCUUCAAGUACUUUGGCCAACCAGACCUCAUUUUCCUGGGAGGAGGACUUCCUCUUUCGGAUUAUUUCCCUUUCAACAAGAUUACCGUUGAGUCACCGGCUCCUCCGUUCGAGAAUGGUAUUGGAUAUGCACCCAAGGAAGGUGAAGCCAUCACUAAGACUGAGGUCUUGAAGCAGAAAAUUGAGGACUUCGACGUGCCAUUGUCCAGAUCUCUCCAAUAUGGUCACACUGGAGGCCAACCUGAAUUUUUGAAAUUUGUCAAGGAACACACUGAACUGUUCCAUAAGCCACCCUACGACGACUGGGACGUUUUGGCUACCGUUGGAAACACCCAAGCUUGGGAUGCAGUUUUGAGAACUUUCUGCAACGAAGGCGACUCCAUACUGGUUGAGCAGUACACAUUCCCUUCUUCAAUGGAAGCCGCAAAGUCUCAGGCGGUCAAGUUUAUUCCCAUUCCUGUGGAUGCCGAAGGUAUUUUGCCUGAAAAAUUGGACGAACAGCUAGCUAAAUUGGAAAAAUCCCAACUCCCUAAGUUGCUAUACACCAUCCCUACAGGGCACAAUCCUACUGGAUCUUCGUUGAACAAGGAGAGAAAACAGGCAAUUUAUAAGUUAUCCCAAAAGUACGAUUUCUUGAUUAUUGAAGAUGAACCUUACUAUUUCUUACAAAUGGAAACAUACACACCUGAUGCGUCAAAGAGGGACAACGCUCCAAAGGGGAAAGAGGAGUUCGUUAAUGCUCUGGAGCCUUCAUUUUUAUCUAUGGAUGUUGAUGGAAGAGUUCUCAGACUGGACUCUCUAUCCAAGGUCUUAGCUCCUGGUACCAGAAUCGGUUGGAUCGUUGGUCAGCCAGCACUGUUGAUGAAGUUUUUCAGACUCCACGAGGUUUCCAUUCAAAACCCAUGUGGAUUCUCCAGUUCCAUCGUAACUGGUUUACUUUCUCGCUGGGGUAAUGAUGGCUAUUUGAACUGGUUGAUGGGUCUACGUGCUGAAUACACCAUCAAGAGAGAUGUGGCCAUUGAUGCCAUCGCAGCCAGUUUCCCUAAGGAAAUUAUCGAGUACGUUCCUCCUGUGGCUGGUAUGUUCUUUACUGUGUUUAUUGAUGCUGCUAGACACCCUAAAUUUUCCACUGAGUUUGACAGUGAUCCACUCAAGGUUGAGAAUGCUAUUUUUGAGAGCUCUAUGAAGAAAGGUGCUUUGAUGAUACCAGGAUCAUGGUUCGAAAUAGCUCAUUCAUUCCCCGAGAAAGCGCUGUCAAAUGAAGUCGACUCCAAGAUCUUCUUCAGAGGAACCUAUGCCGCUGUUCCAUUGGACCAACUUAAACUGGGAUUGGAAAGGUUUGGCUCUGCUCUCAAGGAAGAGUUUGGUUUGUAG